GCUGUAAGCAUAUCUCUUUAAUCAAUCUCUAUACUCUUCUUUCUUAGCUUGUUCUCUUAUAUUUAUGUAUAUGUUUAUGCCUGCAGUUCGAUUUCUGUAUUGAGUUAGGAUUGUUUAUGGCUGAUAAGAAACAAUUCAGCUGUCUGAGAUCAAACAAGUCUGUCUCUGGGAUGUCCCUAAUUUUAUUCUGGUGAAGAAAAAAUAAGGGCUAAUGGCAUCAAGAGCAAUUUUGAGGAGGAGGAAAGUAUUUCCUGAUUACCUGAAUAAUGCUUUUCGUGCAACUCAAACUUGUCAAGGUUUGGGUUAUCAGCAACCUGGCCAGCGUUUGACUUAUCAUGGGUUCAGCUCAGGUGUAAAUCAGUCAUCUAAUAAUGGAAGUCCCAUAAAGGAUGUGGAAGCACUUCUUGGAACAAAAGAAAAUUUACCAAAAUUAUCAGCUCUGGGACUUUUCAGGGGUGGUUUCCAUGGAGUUCUGGUAACUAGGUCUCACUUUGAUUUCCCUGGUGAAAGCAGGAUGAUAUCAGAGUUCAGGCAUUACUCGUCUUCUGCUACUGCAGGGCAACGCAAUCUUCAUAAAGAUGAUGAAGAAAAUGAAGAAGCAGUCGCCAUGAAAAGAAAGGAAGCAUCACCAGAGGAGUGUGAUCAGGCAGUUGAGGGCCUGAGUACUGUAAAGGCCAAAGCUAAAGCAAAGCGUUUGCAAGAAUCUAAAAAAGCUGCUGACUCGGCGAUGUUACAUAGAGUUUGGGCUAAAGUUCUGGGGAUUGGUCCUGCUUUAAGAGUUGUAGCUUCAAUGAACAGACAAGAUUGGGCAAAUAAGCUAACUCAUUGGAAGGAUGAAUUUAAAUCGACACUGCAACAUUACUGGUUGGGCUGUAAGCUAUUGUUAGUAGAUGUGAGGAUCUGUUCACGGUUAUUGCAAAAACUUGCCCAUGGGAAGAGUCUCUCCAGGAGGGAGAGACAGCAGUUGACCCGAACAACGGCUGACAUUUUUAGGCUAGUUCCAUUUGCAGUGUUUAUCAUUGUCCCAUUCAUGGAGUUCCUGCUUCCAGUUUUUCUAAAAUUGUUUCCCAAUAUGUUGCCUUCAACUUUUCAAGAUAAGAUGAAAGAACAGGAAGCAUUAAAAAGGAAACUACAUGCAAGAAUAGAGUAUGCAAAGUUUCUUCAGGACACUGUAAAAGAAAUGGCCAAGGAGGUUAAAAACUCCAGAACUGGAGAACUUAAGAAGACAGCUGAAGCCCUGGGUGACUUUUUGAAUAAGGCUAGGAGAGGAGCCAGUGUUUCUAAUGAGGAAAUUUUGGGAUUUGCCAAGUUGUUUAACGAUGAACUUACAUUAGAUAAUAUUAGCAGGCCUCGACUAGUGAAUAUGUGCAAGUACAUGGGAAUCAACCCCUUUGGUACAGAUGCAUAUUUGCGCUUCAUGCUUCGGAAAAGGCUUCAAUGGAUAAAGAAGGAUGACAGAUUAAUACAAUCAGAGGGAGUGGACUCUCUUUCAGAAGCUGAACUACGUGAAGAUUGCAGAGAAAGAGGCAUGCUCGGACUACUUUCAGUUGAUGAAAUGCGCCAGCAGCUUCGCGAUUGGUUGGAUUUAUCUCUCAAUCAUUCAGUACCAUCUUCACUUUUGAUUCUCUCAAGAUCGUUUACUGUUUCUGGGAAACUAAGGCCAGAAGAAGCUGUUCAGGCUGCACUGUCUUCACUUCCAGAUGAGCUUGUAGAUUCUGUUGGUGUCACAGUACUUCCAUCUGAAGAUUAUGUUUCAGAAAGGAGAAGGAAAUUGGAGUUCCUUGAAAUGCAGGAAGACCUCAUCAAGGAGGAAGAAGGAAAGGUGGAAGAAGAGCAAACAAAGAAAGCUCUUUCUAGUGAGGAUGUGGCUUUAAAAGAAAUGACUGAUGCAACCAUGAAAGAUGCUCAAGAACUAGCUAAAACAAGAUCUCUAGAAAAUCGGGAGGACCUUUGUGAACUCAGUCGUGCAUUGUCAGUGUUAGCUUCUGCAUCUUCUGUUAGUGGAGAGCGUGAAGAGUUCUUGAGACUGGUGAAUAAAGAGAUUGAACUUUAUAACAGUGUAGUAGAGAAAGAUAGCACUGAUAGUGAGAAAGAGAACGUGAAGGCAUAUAAAGCUGCCCGGGAAGAGAUCAAUGAGACCUCUGAAGGUGAUGAGGUUUCUUCAGCACUUAUAGAUAAGGUUGAUUCCAUGCUUCAUAAUCUUGAAAAGGAGAUUGACGACGUUGAUGCUAAAAUUGGCGAUCAUUUCCGACUGCUGGACAGAGAUUAUGAUGGGAAAGUGAGUCCAGAGGAAGUUGCAGCUGCAGCUUCUUACUUGAAGAAUACUUUGGACAAGGAGGGUAUCCAAGAACUCAUCAGCAAUCUCUCUAAAGAUACAGACGGAAAGAUCCUUGUGGAAGAUAUUGUGAGGUUGGGCAGCCGAGGAGGAGGAAGAGCGGAAGAAGAAGAAGACAGUACAGACACAUCUGGAAGUGGAAAAGAUAGAAAUUAGAUUCUAUUUGGCAGCUAGAGGCCAUCAUCAAUACAAGGUUAUUAGUAAUAUAGAGAAUGUGUGGUUCCUAAUGUUCACAUCUUCUAUCUUCUUUUAGUAUAGGAUAAAAAAGAUGAAACAUGUCCUUUUUUAGGUAAUAUAUAAUUAAUCUUGGAUUGCUCCAAUUUUGAAUGGAAACUUU